GGCCCAUCGAGAUUGCCUUUUGCUCGCUGCAUGUAUCACGCAGUCGCUCAUCGGUCCUAUCUUCCGCGCGCUCUUCUCACAUCGCUAGUAUCGAAAAUGUCUUCGUCGACCUCGGUCCGUGACCGCGCCGCUGCGCGCGGCUGGAAGCUCUACAACGAUCUGCAGCAGCCCAAGACGAUCUUGGCGCCGAUGGUCGACCAGAGCGAGCUCGCGUACCGCAUGCUCGUGCGCAAGUACGGCGUCGACGUCUGCUACACGCCGAUGAUCCACGCGCGCAUGUUCCGGGACGACGCCACGUACCGGGCGACCGCGUGGCAAGUGGUGCAAGAGGAUCGGCCGCUCUUCGUGCAGUUUUGCGGCAACGACCCGGCGACCGUGCUCGAAGCCGCCAAGCACGUCCAGGACGGCUGCGACGCUGUCGACCUCAACCUCGGGUGCCCGCAGGGCAUUGCGCGCAAGGGUCGGUACGGCGCCUUCCUCAUGCACGAACCCGAGGUCGUGCGCGAGAUCGUCUCGACGCUCAGUCGCGAGCUGAGCGUGCCCGUCUCGUGCAAGAUCCGCCUCUUGCCCAACUACGACGACACGCUGGCUUUUUGCAACAUGCUCGUCGACGCGGGUUGCUGCUGGCUCGUCAUCCACGGCCGCACAAAGGAGAUGAACAAGCAGCUCGUCCGCGAGUGCGACUGGGAGAGCAUCAAGCGCCUCCGGAAGGAGCUCCCGAUCCCUGUGUUUGCGAACGGCGGUAUCGAGACCGACGACGAUGUUGCGGCCUGCCUUGCUGCGACCGAAGCCGAGGGCGUCAUGAGCUCGGAAGGCAUCCUCGAGUACCCGGCGCUCUUCACGGGCAACAAGGACCCAAUGACCGGUGAGAACGUGUCGCAGAUCGACCUCGCUCUCGAGUACAUGGACUGGGCGGCCAAGUUUCCGCCGCCCGAGAAAUUCCUGCGCGCCCACUUGUUCAAGAUGCUCUUCCAGGAGCUCAAGGUGUUUACGGACCUCCGCGAGGCCAUUGGUCAGGGCCAGACCCACGCCGAGCUACUCGCGAUCGUCGUCGAGAUGAAGGCGCGCUUGGAGGCGCCGGACGCACCUUUGAUUCCGUACUCGACCAACGACUCGUGGUACCGGCGCCACCGCAAGCAGGCGGCUGAGCUCGACAAGGAGCCCGACAUGGACAAGUGCCUCGACUCGGGCUUUGGUCUCCUCUUUGGCUAAUUUCACCAAGUAUAUCUAGUGCUUGUUGUUGUUGUUG